GAGAGAGAGUCGCGCAUCCCUCCUCUGCUCUCUCGCACCUCCCACCUAAGCAUGUGAAUGUUUAAGUGAUCUUUACUGUGUGCAGAGUAAACAGAAAGAGCGAGGGAAGCCGUGUUGAGCUCAGACCAGCCGAGCUGCGUUCGUUGUGCUGACAGCAGGACGAGAGACACAGAUAGAGACAGAGAGAGAGAGAGAGACGGCAGUGUGUGGUUUAAUGUGGAAAUCGUCCUCUCUGAGCUCCAUGGCAAACUCUGCAUGCGUGCUGCUGUCCGGCUCCGGGAUGCUGCCUCAUUCGCUGCACGCGCCGCCUGCCUUCCUCUACUUGUCCGAGGGUAACCAGGAGGCCAGCAAUCCGGUGGACGCGAUGGCCCAGACUUACACCCCGCAGUUCACACAUCCCCCGCAGAACGGCAUCCCCGCCGAGUUCACCGCGCUUCCCACGCAAGACUACGCAGGACAGAACCGCGUCCCGGAUCACGGCCUGACGCUCUACACGCCGGCACAGACUCACAGCGAUCUGGUCAACGGCGACAGCAACACGCCAGCCAUCAGCAGCACAGCACCGACAGAAGACGUGACGCAGACAGAAGUUUCCCUGCUUCAUUUAGAGUCCACGGAAAAACAGCAGCCCAAACGGCUACACGUCUCCAACAUCCCCUUCCGUUUCCGCGACCCGGACUUACGGCAGAUAUUUGGGCAAUUUGGGAAGAUCUUAGACGUGGAGAUUAUCUUUAAUGAAAGAGGAUCAAAGGGCUUUGGCUUUGUAACUUUUGAAACGAGCACAGAAGCAGAUCGUGCGCGGGAGAAACUAAACGGUACAAUCGUAGAAGGACGUAAAAUCGAGGUGAACAACGCCACGGCGAGAGUGAUGACAAACAAGAAAGUAGUAAACCCGUACACAAACGGCUGGAAACUCAAUCCGGUGGUAGGAGCAGUUUACGGACCUGAGCUGUAUGCAGUUGCCGGUUUCCCGUAUCCCACAGCAGGAGCCACGGUGGCAUACAGAGGCGCUCAUUUACGAGGCAGAGGUCGUGCCGUUUACAACACCUUCCGUACGGCGGCUCCUCCUCCACCCAUCCCAGCGUACGGCGCGGUGGUGUAUCAGGACGGAUUCUACGGCGCGGAGAUCUACGGUGGAUAUGCAGCUUACAGAUAUACUCAGCCUGCAACAGCUACAGCGUACAGUGACAGUUAUGGGAGAGUCUAUGCAACUACUGACCCAUAUCACCACACCAUCGGCCCGGCAGCUGCUUACAGCGUGGGGACCAUGGCGAGUCUGUACAGAGGAGGCUACAGCCGCUUCACGCCCUACUAGAGACUAAACCCCUGAUUACCCAAACUAACACAAAACUAGAGACUCCUCCUGCUACACGAGGGCCAUUUCAAACUAAAUGCUUCCAGGUUACCCUUUGACCUCAUCCCGACAACAUUCUCUCAAAGGACGUUGUGGAAAUCAAUGGGAAAAUCAGAAGAGCAGCUCAUAAAUGUGGAGUUGAUGUCUGAUUUUUAGACUUUCUGAUUUUAGACUUUUUUUAUGUCUGUUUUUGCAUUUGUGUUCGGCCUGCUAAAGCAAGGACAGUAUGUUAAAAUGCGUUUUAAAACAGGAAGAGUGUGUGAACUAUGUACUCCUUUAGAUGUUUGUUUUUCAGUAUUUAUCAUUGUGUUAUGUACAGUAUACAGUAUAAGCUGCUAGUGUGAAUUCAGACAUGAGAAAAAAAUAUCUCAGGACUCUAUUCCACUUUUAUCUUAAUACAAAACCACCCCAGAAAACAUCUAGACUGACGAUAUCUCACCAGAUAUCGCCAGCAUCCUCCGUGUGUUUGCUGUAUGAAUAAGCUGCUCUUGUUCAGUUGUUGGGGUUUGAUCUGAAGAGUUUCUAUGAAUGUUGUUUCGGAGAUGAGAGGACUCAUCAUUCGGCCCUCUCACGUUUGCACUAACAGAUUUACCUCUGUACAGAGCGGACAGGUUUAACUCAAGCUAACUAAUGCUGAAUGAAUGUGUGAGCGCUUGUACGUUAACAUAAAAUAUUUAACCAUCAUUUCAUAUAUGGAAAUACUACAUAAAAUAAUGUUAGAAGUCAACAUAGAGACGUUUGGACCAAUAUGUAGAGAGAGAGAGAGAGAGGAGAUUUUAAAAGCAAGGAGAAAUAAUUAGAUUGAUGAAAAUAUAAGGAUUUAAAGAGAAAUGUCAAAAUAUUAAUAAAUAGACUUAAGAAAAUAUAUAAGGAGACAUCUGGAGAUUGAAGCAGAUAUACAGAGAAAUGAAAAUAAAUAAAUAACAUAAUUAUUUAAUGAGACAUAGGCAGAUUUAAGGAGAAUUAUAGAGAAACUGAAAAGAAAUAUUACGCUUAAGAAAAUAUGUAAGGAGACAUGGAGAGGUUUAAGUAGACAUAUAAAGAUUUAAGGGAACGUGAGAAAUAGUUACAUUUAAGGCAAGACACUGCAGGAAAAAAAAAAAAUAUAUAUAUAUGUUUUAUGCCACUGUUCAAUUUUGAAAUUUUGGGCUAUUUUGCUUUGAGAAAAAAACCUCCAAAAUACAUAUUCAAGUGUUUAU